CUCUAGUCUCUUCUGCGCGCUCGUGAAAACUUUACGCAAAGGCGCCAAAAUAACCAAACAAAUCCGCUAACAUUUUGGAUCUUUCACAAGGACUGACUGUCAUUCCCACCCUUGUUGGUGCGUGACUCUCUGUGCGCUUCGAACCAAAAUGCACCGCAGAGCGUGUCCUGUGCGUCCGCGCUUGCUCUCCAAGUGGCAGAAACCUUCUCUGCAGAUGGACUGAACGCACUCUCCGUGUGUCUUUUCUCCGUCAGUUUGCUGCUGUGCGUGCCAUCGCUCAGAAGAUAAAAAAAAAAACAAGCUGGAGGUUCACUGGAAGGAGGACAUGGACGCGCUGUGUGGCUGAAAAAGACGGAGGAUGUAGCUGGAAAAGAGGAGCAUCACAAACUGGAAGGACGCAGAAGGGACUAUGUGAUGUUUGAACCGAUAGAUUUUAUGGAUAUCCAUCAAGAUGCAACCGUGUGGUUCAUGGACUCUCUCACAAGGACCCAAGUUUGGAGUCUUGGCUGUCAACAUCUAUGGCGGCAUCCAUGGAGGGGACCCUCCCUAUAUUAAAGAGAACAUGUCAGAAGCCAAGUACACCUAGUCUGAAGAAACUCAUCCAGCAUGAAUGCAACGAAACACUAAAGCAGCUCAUGUAAAGAGGCUUGUUCUACAGGAGGGUCAAACCAGCAUUCAACAAGGGCAGAUGGAUGCUGCUGAUCCCUCGGUCCGGAGGUGUGGAGUGACAGAUGACAGAGGGAUUGAUACAGCGGGGGAGAACGAGAGGAGUAGCAUCGGGAAGGGUCAAUGCUGGCGGUAAUGGAAAACAGCGUCAGAGGUCAGAAACAUCGAUCGGGAGGCGAGGAGAAAUAAACCAGAUCUCCUCAACUUUGACCUGUAAGAAGACGAGUCUUGAAAAGACCUUGAUAUAUAUCUAUCGUCAUCAACUGAAUGAAGACAUCAGAUCUCAUGAUGCUCACCUACAAAGUAACCAGCACGGAUAUGUUAGCAUGAGCAUUCACCACCCAGGAAAUCAUGAAUACGAGGGAACCAAUUCUGAGUUUUCAGUUGGAACUGUUUGAAACUCUUCAACUCUCAUCUUCUUCAACAGGUGGAUGUGACCAAGAUCACUAAAGCAUUGUUUUCAGGAAGAUCUGGCUCAGUGAACACUUGGAGAAGUCAUCCCCAAUGACCCACUGGCAAGUAAUGGGUGAUUUGAACUUCAGGAAAAUACUUGAACCAGUGUGCAGCUAGCAAGACUUUACAGUAGUAUAGUGUCAAAAACUUUUGGAGCUCGAUCCUCCCAACCCCGUCUUCCCUUUCACUCCCCAUCCCCAAAGUUGCGUCCCCCCUGGUUUUCCCCUCACCCCAAUCCUACUCCAUCCUGAUCUGUUUAAGGUCUACGGGAAUUAACGGGAACAAACCUACUUUGGAAGACACCUUUUCGAUCAAUGUGAAAGACAUCUCUCUCUCCACCUUCUUCUCCACUUUGCUGGUGAGGAAGGAAAGUUAUACCUCUAUCUUUGAAUACCCAGUUGGGUAAGGUUCUCUCUUUGGGAUGGGUGGCCCAGGGAGGGCUCUACUUGGCGGGUUCAGCACCACCACUUCCUCAGUGGAGGUAGGAAGUCGGAUGGCUUGGCCUAGCAACAACCCCCUGGACCUCAACCAAACCCUGGCAUGGGGGAUCGGGCUUGGGGCCAGUGGUGGAGGUGCGGCAGCCAUGAGUGGAGGCGUGGACAAUUUUACCCAGGAGUCCGUCACGAGGGCGGUGAUUAAGGAGAAAAACUGGCCAGCGUUGCUCAUACUCGUCAUCAUCGCACUGACGAUUGGUGGAAACAUCCUGGUGAUUCUGGCAGUGUCAUUGGAGAAGAAGCUUCAAAAUGCUACCAACUUCUUCCUGAGGUCACUGGCUGUGGCGGACAUGCUGGUGGGCAUCCUGGUGAUGCCAAUUUCCCUCAUCAACAUCCUCUAUGACUACGCCUGGCCCCUUCCCAGCGCUCUGUGUCCCAUCUGGAUCUACCUGGACGUGUUGUUCUCCACUGCCUCCAUCAUGCACCUGUGCGCCAUCUCUCUGGACCGAUACGUCGCCAUCCGCAACCCCAUCGAGCACAGCCGCUUCAACUCCCGAACCAAAGCCAUGAUGAAGAUCGCCGCCGUCUGGACAAUAUCUAUAGGUGUGUCGAUGCCUAUCCCGGUGAUCGGCCUCCACAACGAGGACAAGGUCUUCGUCAACGGCAGCUGCGUCCUCAACGAGGAGCGCUUCAUGCUGAUUGGCUCCUUCGUGGCCUUCUUCAUCCCACUGGUCAUAAUGGUGGUGACGUACUGCCUCACCAUUCAGGUGCUUCAAAGGCAGGCAACUGUCUUCCUGUGCGAGGCAAAAACCUCCUCCCAGCAGCCUUUGCACACACCAGCAAUGUCAAAUACUUUACAGCCUCCAACCAGCACCUUCAGCAUUCCUCAGAUCAAUACACUCGCCCCUUCAGAUUCACAAGAGCUAAAGCCCCCGCCUCACCAGAGCAGAAGAAACACCCUCAGCUGCCUAAAAGCAGCAGAGCCCAGCAUGCUGCUCAGUGUCUCGACACCAGACAGUCUCAGCAUCAUCCCCAGCUCUGAGGUGGCGUCUCAGCUCAGCUCGCCAGCCGCGGGUCCUUCACGGAGCGACGCCUCAGGUUGCAGCGGGCGCCGGGGGAUGAUGCAGGCCAUAAAGAAUGAGAGACGGGCAUCCAAGGUCCUGGGAAUCGUCUUCUUCCUCUUCCUCAUCAUGUGGUGUCCCUUCUUCAUCACCAACGUCACCUUCGUGCUGUGCCGAGACUCCUGCAACGAGGCGCUGCUCAGCGACCUCCUCAACGUCUUCGUCUGGGUGGGCUACAUCUCUUCGGGAGUCAACCCCCUGGUCUACACCCUCUUCAACAAAACCUACAGGAGAGCGUUCUCCAGCUACAUCAGGUGUCAGUACAAAGCCGGGGCCAACGCGGCCGGACAGGGUUGCAAAACCCUCUUGGUACCGCCGCCAUGCCCGUCGCAAUCCGUGACCCCACUCCUGAUGGGGAGUCACGGGAAAGCAGGCAUGGACCGCAACAGUAACUGUCGAAACGGCGGGAGGGGGAAUAACGGGAGGCUUACAGUGGACCCGGAUGAUGUGACAGACGACGGGACGCAAAUUGGAAUAGUGACUCAGAACCUCACCGAAUGCCACAACGUCGGCAUGCUGUCAGAAACAGAGCCUGAAACAGAGGCGGAGCAGGAGCUGUCACUCAUCAGCUACAGCUCCGCCUCCAGAGAACACACAAGCAGCGUGUGACUGCAUGCUUUUUUCUUCUAGGUGUCUUCUUUUUAAACCUGCAGAUGCUGGGCCAAGAGGGAAUCUGCAGAGUUGAUGAGGUAACUGGUGUUGUGAGAGGAUAUGUACGGCAAUAUCCCCUUACUGGAGUGCUGUGCUUACACCAUUGACCAAUAGGAUGGAAUCAAAAUAUGGUAUAAUGUUGGUAAAAAGGAGAACAAAGGCAAAUAAGGUGACAUACUCCAUGGGAAAGAGGUACCAGCAAAGAUCCAGAGUCUCACUGUCAACCUGAAAGCACGCCAAAGACCCUAAAUGGCGUCCUAAAACAGCAGGUUACGAUGGAGUCAUGGGGUCAAACUAUGACUUCAAGCCUCAGCACUAAGUCACAAUGCAGUCCGAGCCCGAACUCUCCAAACGCACCAAGCAAACCAAACCAAAUCUAUUUUUGUGCUCGACACAACCACUGAAAAAUAUCUGAAUGAACCUUUCCAGCAUGUAUAAUCAAACUACUCAACCCACAGAAAUGGGAUUUUUUUUUUUUCUCUAAAGAAAACUUUCUCAUGGCUGCAGUCAGAAGUUUGUCUGCAGAGGACCAACAUGAAGGAAUGUACGCCCACCGGGUGUCUGGUGGACUCACAGUGCCAUCUGGUGGCGGCGGUGGUGGCAUGACACGCAGAGAGGUUGCAUCCCUUGUUUUGAACAAGGGGUUUAAAGAGCUAAAAGAUAAAACAUGGCGCAGGCCUUUUGUGGUCCAAUAUAACUGUCAGGCUUUUGCUUUUGUUGACCAAAACAACCAAUUUGGAAGUCCCAAAUUCUAAACAUUUCUACUGAAAACAAUAAAAGGGAAAAACUGUUAGAAAUUAGAUAGAAAGUUUAGUGAUGGUGCACAAAGAUGUCAUUCUUUAAAGGGAACAAUAUAGACUUUUUGGCAUUAGCUUUAGCUUAUUGUUAGCCUUUAGCAAUGUUGCUGAUUUAUCCCCAUGAAACAAUAUAAAAAUGAAUGUCCAAGGUUUUUCCUCAAAUGUUUUAAACUCACUCUUAACGGAAUGAAAGAAAUAAUAAAAGCCCUAUUAUCUCACCAUGAUUAGACUUUUAAAGCAUUCAUUUUUAUUCCACCACAUGCAGAGAAUCCAUCUCACUGAUAAGGCAAAGAAAAGAGGUCGAAUUAAAACAUCACACAUGACUUUUUCAACUCCUUACUAAGGCUUGUGAAUCAUCCAUGCAACAUUUAUCAACCUUCUUAAUAUACUUGUCAUAUUAUGAGGUUGCAUGUUGGAAUAUUUGCAUCAUCUGAAGGGUAUAAAGAGUGCUGCUGGAGAUCAAGGGCAUCAUCUCUGAAGGGUAGAUUCCUGAUGACUGGAAUAGUGAGUUUAUACAGGUCACCCAGAAAGUAUUCAGACCAACUACAGUUGAAAAAAUCAUUUUUAUCCUCAUUAAUCUACACUCAGUACUCCAUCAUGCCAGAGUGAGAACAGAAUUUUAAAACCCUUAACACAGCACUUGAAAAAUGGAAGUUUGGCAUGACCAGGACUCUUCUAAGAGCUGGUCGUCCAAAUUGAGCAAUCGAGAGAGAAGCGCCUCAGUAAGAGAGGUGACCGAGAACCCAACGGUUGAUCGGACUGAGCUCUAGAGAUCCUGUGUAGAGAUGGGACAAAGUUCCAGGAGGGCUAACAUCACUGCACCCCCACAGCAUGAUGCUGCCACCACGCCUUACCAAAGGGAUGAUAUUGACAGGUGAUGAUCCGUACCUGGUUUCGAUCUGACAUAACGCUUAGAACUAAAGCCAAACUAUUCAAUCUUAGUUUCAUCAGACAAGAAAAUCUUGUUUCUCACAGUCUGAGAGUACCUCAUGUUCUUUUUUGCAAACUCUAAGAGUAGUUUCAUGUGUUUAGCACUUAGGGAAGCUUCUGUCAAGCUCCUCUGACAUAGAGCCCAGACCCGUGGAGGGCUAUAGUGACCGUUGUCCUUCUGGAACUUUGUCCCUAACUCUAAACAUAUCCAUGCCUAAACCGGUCUGUAACCUAACCAUGCCUAAACCUAACCACACCUAAACCUUACCAUGGCUAAACUGGAACUUUGUCCCAUCUCCACACAGGAUCUCUGGAGCUCACUCAGUCAGAGUGUCUCUCCUACUAAGGCCCUUCUCCCCCGAUUGCUCAGUUUGGCCAGGCAGCCAGCUCUUGGAAACGCCUGGUUGUGCCAAACUUCUUCGGUAUGGGAAUUAUGGAGGCCACUGUGCUCUUGGGAACUGUCAGUGUAAUGGAACUUUUUGGAGGCCUUCCCCUGAUCUGUUUUCACUUGGUUAUGAUGGGGUACUGACUGUGGAUUAAUGAAAACAAAUUUUAUUUUCAACUGUAUCAUCAGGUUGCAACAUAACAAAUGUUAAAAAAGGGAAGGGACUCUGAUUACUUUCUAAAUGCACUGUAUGCUUUGUCAGCCAUUAGUUACGUUCUUUCCCUGGCAAGAUAAGCUGUGCAAAGUUUGCUAAAAAUAAAAUUUGUUGAAAUUCAUGCAGUGAGCUUCAGGUUCAAAUAUGCACUCUUUGAAGGGUCUAAUGAUGGUUUAAAGGAUGAAAAGCUGUCCAACAUGUCCUAAAGAAUCUCGUUUCGACUCCUGACCUCUAAAUCAGACGGUUUGAGGUGUGACUGCUUCAAAAUUGGUUCAGCUUCAUAACUUAAGAUUCCAUCAGUGGUGUGAAACGGACAGAAAAUCGAUCAGCUAAGAGACAACCCCCUGACACUAUCAAGACAGGUCAGAAGCCCUCACGCUUAUUUUUUCUUCCCUCCUCCUCUCAGAUUUAUCUAUGUCAGACAGGCUGUUCGAUGCCUCUACAGUGGGUCUAAAUCAGAUGAAAUAUCUGUAAUAUACUGCUUUAGAAAAUCCUUCACAGUGUGGAUCUUAAUGUUCUAGGUCUUGGUGGAAGCUUUAGCUGCGAGGUGCAUUGGGUGACACAUUUGGCCAUGCUGGGAUUACAAUAUACCACACAAUGUAUAAUAUAAUUAACAAUACAUUAUCUGAUGAGAUAAAAAAUACAGUUCCUAUAGAAAGUUUAAACCCCCUUGGAUUUUUUAUUCUUAUGUUGAUUUUAUAAAUCAACCAGAGUCAAUAAAAUUGGACUUUCUGAUCAAAAAUGUAACCAGAAAAACUCUUUAAUGUCAAAAAGAUUUUUAUAAAGUAAUAUCAAAUGAAAAUAUGUCAUGUAAAAUAAGUGACUGCA